GCAUAAGUAGUGUUGGAACCAAAUCAUAUGUCUGUCGUAGUGGUCCCGGCGAAAAUGGCGGGUGAUCAGGAACAAUUUCAGCAACUUCUAACUGGAUUAUUAAGUGUAGAUAACAAAAUUCGACAACAGGCCGAGAAUACAUAUGACCAAAUAGCUGCGGAGACAAAGUUCCAGUUAUUGUUGACCAAUGUAGUAAACAAGACAGCGAGUGAAGAUGCGCGUACUAUGGCUGCUGUGCUCCUUAGAAGACUUCUUACAACCAGUUUUGAUGAAGUCUUUCCUACUUUACCACCCGAAGCCCAAGGACAAGUUAGAGCACAGCUCCUUUCAUCAGUACAACAGGAGGAAGAUGGAAAUAUGCGUAAGAAACUAUGUGAUAUCAUCAGUGAACUUGCACACAACAUGAUUGAUGAUGAGGGUAACAACAAGUGGCCAGAGUUCCUCCAGUUUCUUUUUGAAAGUGCAAGUUCCCCUUCCAUUGCACACAAGGAGAUUGCUCUCACUCUAUUCAGCUUGGUACCUGGAGUAUUUGGCAAUCAGCAACAGCAGCAUUUGGGGAUGAUAAAAGCCAUGCUAACCACCUCACUGGCAGACUCUUCUAACCCUCCUGUACAAGCUCUAGCUGUUAAGGCCACAGCGGCUUUUAUUCUCCUUCAUGACAACGAGCCAAAUAUCCAGAAGAAUUUUGCUGAUCUUCUGCCUCAAUUCCUUCAGAUAAUUGCCAAUAGCAUCCAAGUUGGUGAAGAUGAUGCUCUCUUAAAGUGCUUGGUAGACUUGGCAGAAAGUUGCCCCAAAUUCUUGAGGCCACAAGUGGAAACCAUACUUCAACUAGCAAUUAAGGCUCUGCCAGAUCCAAACGUGGGUGAUAGUUGGAAACACCUGCUCUUAGAGACGAUUGUAACGCUGGCUGAGACUGCCCCUGCUAUGGUACGCAAAGCUGGAGCAAAGUACAUGAACACACUCAUACCUCAGAUGCUCAACAUGAUGACCGAUUUAGAGGAUGAAGAAGAGUGGAGUGUAAGCGAUGAACAAGCAGAAGAAGACAAUGAUAGCAAUUCUGUGGUUGCUGAGUCCUCUUUGGAUCGUCUGGCAUGUGGUCUUGGUGGUAAGACAGUAUUGCCACAUAUAAAUGCAACUCUGUCUCAGAUGCUACAGAGUGAUAGCUGGAAAUGUCGCCAUGCUGCACUUAUGGCAAUAUCAGCUGUUGGGGAGGGAUGCCACAAGCAGAUGGAGGGCAUGUUACCUCAAAUUAUGGAUGCAGUUAUUCGAUUUCUUCAUGAUCCUCAUCCUAGAGUCCGUUAUGCUGCUUGCAAUGCCAUUGGUCAGAUGGCAACAGACUUUGCACCAAUAUUCCAGAAAAAGUUCCAUGAAAUUGUUGUUCCGGGUCUUCUCCAUGUCAUGGAUGAUGGUGUGAAUCCUAGAGUUCAGGCUCAUGCCGGAGCUGCUCUUGUGAAUUUCUCUGAGGUGUGCCCAAAGAAUAUCCUUACUACAUACCUCCCAACAAUUAUUGCUAAGCUGGAGGGCAUUCUUGCUGCAAAGUUCAAGGAGUUAAUGGAGUGUGGAACAAAAUUGGUCUUAGAACAAGUUGUGACUACAGUUGCAUCAGUGGCUGACACAGCUGAGGAGAAGUUUGUGGAGUAUUAUGAUCGAUUCAUCCCUUGCCUCAUGUACAUUAUUGAAAAUGCCAAUUCUACGGACUUGAGACUACUACGAGGAAAAACUAUUGAGUGUGUGUCACUUAUUGGUCUUGCAGUUGGAGCAGAUAAGUUCUUGACAGAUGCUGGGAAGAUGAUGGAUCUACUACUAAAAGCCCAGACUAACCAGGAAGAAAUGGCUGAUGAUGAUCCACAAGUAUCUUACCUUAUCUCUGCCUGGGCUCGUAUUUGCAAGAUUAUGGGCAAACGCUUUGAGCCAUACCUACCACUUGUUAUGGGACCAGUUUUGAAGACUGCCUCUUUGAAACCUGAAGUUGCUCUGUUAGACAAUGAAGAUAUGAAUGCAGUUGAUGGUGACGAUGACUGGCAGUUUGUGUCUAUUGGGGAGCAGCAGAACUUUGGUAUUCGCACAGCUGGACUUGAGGAAAAAGCCACUGCUUGCCAGAUGUUAGUAUGUUAUGCAAGAGAACUAAAGGAAGGCUUUGCCGACUACACAGAACAAGUUGUGAAACUAAUGGUUCCAAUGCUCAAAUUCUACUUCCACGAUGGAGUAAGGACAGCAGCAGCAGAGUCUCUUCCAUUCCUCUUAGAAUGUGCAAAGAUUAAGGGACCACAGUACUUGGCUGAAAUGUGGCAGUAUAUGUGCCCAGAGCUACUAAAGGCAAUAGAGACAGAGCCUGAAAGUGAGGUUUUGUCAGAACACAUGUAUGCCAUGGCUAAGUGCAUAGAAGUCCUUGGAAUGGGUUGUCUUACAAAUGACCAAAUUAAUGAACUGAUUAGAAUAAUUGAUAAAUCUCUUAAGGAACAUUUUGAACGAGCUGUCAAAAGACAAGAACAGCGUAAGGAUGAAGAUUAUGAUGAGGUUGUAGAAGAACAGCUUUUAGAUGAAGAUGAUGAAGAUGUGUACGUUUUAAGUAAAGUUGCUGAUAUCACUCAUGCGCUUUUUGCAGCUUAUGGUCAGCAUUUCUUCCCAUUCUUUGAUGCUCUUCUUCCACACUUCGUGAAACUUUUAGGGGAUGACAGACCUUGGCCAGACCACCAGUGGGGACUCUGUAUUUUUGAUGAUGUGAUAGAAUACGGAGGUCCAGCCUGUGACAAAUACACCGAUCACUUUUUACAGGCUUUACUAAAGUUUGUAACGGAUAAGCAGGGCGAGGUCCGACAAGCAGCUGCAUAUGGUUGUGGUGUAUUGGGUCAGUUUGCUGGUCCAGCAUUUGCACCUGUGUGUGCUCAGGCUAUUCCUCUCUUGGUGCAAGUUAUACAGAGCCCAGAUGCACGCAAUGAAGUCAAUCUCAAUCCCACAGAGAAUGCUAUUGCUGCCGUAACUAAAGUUCUUAAGUAUAAUCCGUCGGCAAUAAAUAUUGAUGAGGUGAUUCCAGUAUGGAUGUCAUGGCUCCCUGUUUGGGAAGACACUGAUGAAGCACCACAUGUUUAUGGGUAUUUGUGUGACUUGAUUGAUGGCAACCACCCACUUGUCCUUGGACCAAACAAUGCGAACCUGCCACGGCUCAUGGCUAUAUUCUCCGAGGCAUUCAAGAGAGAGGCAGUAGAGAAGGAAGCGGAAGUAACCAAACGAAUGCUCAACAUCGUACGGCAGUUACAAGCCAACCCAGACAUGUUCCAGGCAUGCAUUAAUCAGUUAACACAAGAGCAGCAAGUUGCACUUCACCAAUACCUUACCACGUAGUUCAUUAUUCAUUGUCUUGUAGGCCUUCAAUUGUUUAGCUUGUUUCAGUUACAAUGAAAGCAUGUUAUCAAUUUGCUACAAUUAGAAUUGAAAUGUUGAUAGUGUACCUUUGCUAAUGUAUCCAGAGCACGAUGUAUCUUCACAGAAUCACCUAUUGCAUCAUUUUUCUAUUAUCACUAUUCACUCAUGAGGUUCCCUUCAGUGCCCACCGGCAUUAAAGGAAGGCUUAAGGACAGUACGAAGGCUUUAGAGAAGUUUACUGCAUUACACAUCCUUGCUGAUGUUGAAGUUUAUAAAAUUAUACAAGACAACCCUUGGUAGAAAUCAUAUAUUCCUGUGGCAUAAAGGACAGGGUAAAGUUUCCCCAAGUGGAAUUACUAAGCUACUGUACAGUGUGAUUCUAAAGCAAGAAAUGUUAUUUAACUUAUUGUUAAUUAAAUUGUUUGAUAGAAAUUCAUAUUUAAUAGUAUAUUAAGUAAAUUUUUAAAUAUUACACAAAAUUUCAUGUGCAGUUUCCUAUGUUCAUCAGAGGCAUUUAGAAUAGUUCAUAAUAAUGAGUUUGCUCUGAUAUUUUAAUAUCAUACACUGCGUGUAUAGUAAAAUAUAUAUUUAUAAGUAGUGAAUUUUUCCUACUGAUUCCAUUUUUUGAUUGGAGGAUUGUUUAGGGAAUGGAUAGUAAAUUUUUUUGUCCACUUGAUCAUAAGAAGAGCGGGGAUAUUCAUGGACUCAGGGUUUGGGAACUAAGCUACCCAGAGACAUUUUUAAUGGAUCAUAUAAUACAUGGAUAUGGAUGUUCAUUAAUUUUGAUGUCAUAUGAUCUGAAUGGUGAACAUAGUCUAUUUAUUUGUUUUGGAUCAUUCCAAAUUGUGUAAGUAGCUAAACGGGUGAAUAUGGUGGUCCAGUGUGUGCUAAGUGCACGCUCAUCCCUAAUUACUAUCUCUGUGGGACACGUUCACAGCAUGUGCACUGUGUUGUAGUCCCUCUCCAAACAUGCUCGCUUACCCUUGUUAGUAAAUGGCUGGUUUGGGAUAUGAUAUUCAUUGUGUGCAUUUUUUAUUUAUAUUUGUUAUCGCUGUUUUCUGUGGAAAACUAAUAUAAUCCAGUGAUAUUUAAUGUAGUGAUGUCCAUUACCAUUACUAAUCUGUUUUACAAGAUAUUGUCUUUUACAGAUUUGUAAGGGUUAACAUUCUCAUAUUGGAAUAUAUUUUUUUGUUGAAAUUGGAUUAACAGGGGUAAACAUUGUAACUUACCCCUUACUCUUGUCUGGCAAUGUACUCUGGAUAAAAACACUUCUUGUGGGUGCUCUGCCUUUCGUACAUUUUUUCAUAUAUUGCUUGAUAAUGUCUGUCAGAGAGAUGGAGUUCUAGUAUGAUGGUUAGUGUUUUGGCUUGCUUUGAGUGUUUGGUUGCAAAUUAUGAUAUUGUAUUUGACGAAAACUUUAAUUGUCGCAAUUGCAUUUGAUUGGCAGACCAGUGUAGAUAGAAAUUGUGAUUGUUGACAGUGGCUAAUAUGUAGAUUUUUUAUGAUUAUUGUCUUUUACUUUCUUUUUUCUUUUACACAAAUCUAAUGGUGAACAUAAUUUUCAUCCUCAAAAGACAGUUUUUAUGCCCUCAUUUAUUUUUUAAGUUUGAAUCUUAGCAGCCAUGUUUUGGAAGCAGAGCACCUUUAACACAUCAGUAUAAGUACCAAAGAAAAGCUUGCGGAAUCCCAUAGUUUGGUGUCUUCAACAUUAUCCCAAAUUCUGGAACCCCUUCAGCUUACUUCUUACCAAACUUUCAUGCUCAUGUUUCUAGUUUCUGAUUACUCUAAUGAAACUUUUGGGUACUUUUGUGUGUUCAAGAAUUCAUUUUUAAUGCAAAUGAAUCUUAAUUAUUGGAGAAUGCAAAAAGCCUUGGUUUGUCUACUUGAUCUCCAUAAUAUCUACUCAUUAAUUUCACCAUCAUCAAUCAGAUUUGAGGUUUCAAUUUACCUCCUCUUUUUUCUGCUCUAUGAGUGGAGAAUUUUCUUGCCUUAUAGAAAGUUACGAAGUUGUUUGGCUUCAAGGGCCACUUAAUCGUAAGAAAUAUUGCUGAAGUAGUGGUGUGGAAUUUGGUGGUUCAUACCUCUGCAUGUCACACUGUCUCAGGUCCCAACUUCUGAUGCUGCUCUUCCCUGGUCAUGUGCUGUGGGCCUAUUUUUAUACAUAUCUAGCCAGCUCACAUCUAGGGUUUUUUAGAGGCUUGAGAAGUGGGGAUUCACACAAUCGCUCGUUUCAUUACAGUUUAUGUACCUCAGAAUAGUAAUUUGGGGCCCUUUUCAUUUGCAUUGUACAUAAAUCUUGGGUUGUCUGGCUCCUUUGUUGUUCUGUGAGCUCAUGCAUACCCUUUCCAAUUUUUUUUUCUUUUUUGUAUACCAGGGUAUUUUGGCAUUCACACGUCUCCUAGCCUGAUUCCUUCCAGUCAGCCCUCAGCAGCUAGUAUUAUUUUAACUUAUGAGUGGUCUAUGAAGAUCCUGCCAGGCAUUAAUUUCCAGUAGUUAAGUUAAAGAUCUGCAUAUUUUAAUCCAAAACAUGUAUAUAUAUUUAUAGAAUAUUAAAUCCCUUUAAAUAUAAUUUAGUAUUUCCAUUAGUUGAGAGAAAAGGGUGUAAUUAUGUUGAACACGUCGAUGAAAUUGGUACUAUGUUCGGUGAUAUCAGAAUCUUAUGCUCACAGGCUUACAGAUCUAUGCAUGAGUGGCUGGCUUUAAUAAAGGGUUAUGUAGACCAUUUGUUGAUUAUGAAAGGAUAUUUGAAACUUGAAGAAUUAUAGAAUACACUUAUUGGCUGUCUUGAGUAAGCUGUGAUAAUUUCCAAACACACUUUCUAAACAAGACGUCCAUUAAGGUAUAUGUAAUAUUUGAAACCAUUAUUAUCUAAUCUGAACUUAGUAAUUUUUCAGAACAUGAGCUUUUUACUAAAUUUGUUAAAGAGGCCUAUUGUACAUAAACUUCCACUCAGUAUCAAUAAAUUGUAUCAUCUGCAAA